GAAAUCUCACAAUGAAAAAAAGUCAUAAAUGUCAAAAAAGUAAAAUGGAUGGUGUUUUUUUCACUGUGGUGUUUUCCUGAAGAUACGCCUUUAUUUACUAACGCGAGUGUUUCACUAACGUACAUACGAAAAAGCAGUGACAAAAGCGGUUCCAACUCACUUAGUGGCAGAAAAAAUUAAAAAUAUUAAAAAGCGAACCCGAAACGAAAUGAGUUCUCGUCAUCGUGAUCGUAGUCGGUCACGCUCAAGAGACCGCGAUCGCCACAAGGAUCGUGAAAAGACCAGGGACCGCGACCGCGACAAGGAGAGAGACCGUGAUCGGGACCGAGAAAGGGACCGCGACCGCGACAGGGAUCGCGAUCGCGACAGAGACAGGGAUCGCCAUCGCUCUAAGAGGGACAAAGAUAGAGAUCGUAGUCGUAGCCGUGAAAGGCACAAGGAGAAACGUCGCAGCCGGAGUCGCUCGCGCAGCAGAAGCCGGAGUCGGGGCAGAAAGUCUAAGGACAGAGACGGGACCAUCGCGCUGCUGGACCAGAUGGUGGGCACGACGACGAAGGCCACGGCGCGCGCGGUGGCCGGCGCGGCCGCCGUCAACCCCGCCGCGCACGCCGCCAUCCUCGCCGCCGCCGCCGUAGCACAGCGGCGCAUCGCGGCUCCCGUGCAGCCGGCCGCCGCCGCCGCCGCCGCGCUGAGCGCCGCCACCGCCAUCCCGCCGCCCACGGCCGUGCAGCAGCGCCUGGAGCAGCUGCAGGCGCGGACCGAGGCGCGCUACCGCGAGCGCCCGCCGCACCCCGCGCACCCGCCGCACCCGCCGCACCCGCACCACGACUACCACCCCGACGACGACAAGGACGACGGACAGGGCCCGGCGGGCGAGACGGCGGCGGAGCGGCGCGCGCGGCGGCGGCGCACGCGCUGGACGGGCUCGGAGCACGACAAGACCUUCAUCCCCGGCCUGCCCACCGUGCUGCCCUCCACGCUCACGCGCGACCAGGAGGAGCAGUACCUGCUGCAGCUGCAGAUCGAGGAGGUGUCCCGCAAGCUGCGCUCCGGCGACCUCGGCAUCCCCGCCAUCGAGGAGAGGUCGCCGUCGCCCGAGCCCAUCUACUCCACGGACGGCAAGCGGCUCAACACGCGCGAGUACCGCACGCGCCGCAAGCUGGAGGAGGAGCGCCACCGCCUCGUCACGCGCAUGCACCAGAUCAACCCUGAGUUCAAGCCGCCGCCCGACUACAAGCCGCCCAUCAUCCGCGUGCACGACAAGGUGAUGAUCCCGCAGGAGGAGCACCCCGACAUCAACUUCGUGGGGCUCCUCAUCGGGCCGCGCGGAAACACUCUCAAAGCGAUGGAGAAGGAGACGGGCGCGAAGAUCAUAAUCCGCGGCAAGGGCUCGGUGAAGGAGGGCAAGGUGGGCCGCAAGGACGGCCAGCCGCUGCCCGGCGAGGACGAGCCGCUGCACGCCUACAUCACCGCCACCAACGCCGACUGCGUCAAGAAGGCCGUCGAGAAGAUCAAGGAGGUGAUCCGGCAGGGCGUGGAGGUGCCGGAGGGGCAGAACGACCUGCGCCGCAUGCAGCUGCGCGAGCUGGCCCAGCUCAACGGCACGCUGCGCGAGCACGACGCCCAGCGCUGCGCCAACUGCACCGCCACCGACCACAAGACCUGGCUCUGCCCGGACAAGCCCAACGUGACCAACAGCAUCGUGUGCUCGUCGUGCGGCGGCGCCGGGCACAUCGCGCGCGACUGCCGCGCCAAGCGCCCCGGCCACGCGCCCGCGCCCAGCGCGCACAAGGCCAAGAUCGACGAGGAGUACAUGUCGCUGAUGGCGGAGCUGGGCGAGGCGCCGCCGCCGGGCGGGGGGCCCCUGGGCGGCGCGGGGGGCGGGGGCCGGCGCUACGCCCCCGCGCUUUUCGCGCCCGCGCACGCCGCGCGACCCAUCAUGCCGCCGCCGCCGGCCGCCGGCAUGCUGCCGCCCGCGCCCUUCCCGCCGCCGCACCUGCCGCCGCCCGCGCCCGCGCCCUGGCUCGGUGAGUCACCCGUGCGCCGUGCUGCUCCGACGCCGUCGCCAAGCACUGUUCUUUGGUGA